AUGUCCACUUUCCAAUACCAAGACCAGUUGAAGAAAUUACCUAUACCGGAUUUAGAGCAAACAUGCAUGAGAUAUUUAAGGGUUAUGGAACCCUUACAAACUAGAAAAGAACAUGCCAGAACUAAAGCAGCAGUGGAGCUGUUCCUCAAGGGUAACAACAACAACAACAACAACAACAACAACAACAACAAUAACAACAACAACAAUGACAAUGACAAUGACAAUCUUCAAUCAAUCGGCAAAUAUCUCGACGAUUGUUUACGCAAAUAUGGUGCUGAUCAACCAAGUUAUAUUGAACAAUUUUGGUAUGACGCUUAUUUAAGCUAUGACUCACCAGUGGUUUUAAAUGUUAAUCCAUUCUUUCUUUUGGAAGAUGAUCCUUUUACUCAAAACGAAACCACCUCAGCCAAUCCUCAAAUCAAAAGAGCAGCAACUCUUACAUUAUCCUCACUCAAGUUUAUCCAAGCUUUGAAGAAUGAGACUUUGAGUGUGGACAAGUUGAAAAAUGGCAAACCAUUGUGCAUGUACCAAUAUUCAAAAUUGUUUGGUGCAUCAAGGAUUCCUACUGACGAUGGGUGUAUGAUGCAAACAGAUCCAAAUUCAAACCACAUUGUUGUCAUGUCAAAAUCACAAUUUUACUGGUUUGAUGUACUUGACUCCAAGAACAAUAUCAUCUUGAGUGAGUCAGAAUUGAAUGUAAACUUUAGCUCAAUUAUACAUGACUCCUUAUCCACAGCUAGUACCGAUGUUGCUAAAUCAUCAUUUGGUGUGUUGACAACUGAAAACAGAAAAUUAUGGGCCAAUGUAAGAAACAAUUUAAUAGCAACAAACAAGAUCAAUAAAGAAGUGUUGUCCAUUAUUGACUCAGCACUAUUCAUUGUAUGUCUUGAUGAUAUUGAAUUGGAAGAUUUAUCAGAAUUGGCCCAGAAUAUGUUGGGUGGGUUGUCAAUCUUGGACAAGGGUAUCCAAGUGGGUACCUGUACCAACAGAUGGUUUGACAAGUUGCAAAUUAUCAUCACUAAAAAUGGUAAAGCUGGUAUCAAUUUUGAACAUACCGGGGUUGAUGGUCACACUGUUUUGCGAUAUGUUUCUGACAUUUAUACUGAUUCGAUUUUGUCAUUUGCCCAAACAAUUAACAAGAAUGCACCAUCAUUGUGGAAAGAUGCAACUUUUAACCAAACACAGUCAUCUUUUGCCGAUGAACACUUGAUUACAAUUCCAAGAAAGUUGGAAUGGGACUUGACACCAGACUUGUCACUUGCUUUACGUUUUGGUGAAACUAGAUUAUCCGAUUUACUAAACCAAAAUGAAAUCGAACAUUUGGAAUUCAGACUGUAUGGAUCAAGUCAAAUCAAACACAUGAAAUUUAGUCCUGAUGCAUUUGUUCAAAUGGCUUUCCAAGCUACAUACUAUGCAUUAUAUGGCAAAGUUGAAUGCACUUAUGAGCCAGCCAUGACAAAACACUUUUUCCAUGGAAGAACUGAAGCAAUUAGAACCGUUUCCGAACAGUCAAAUGACUUUGUUCACACCUAUUUUGAUCGCAAUGCCACCAAUAAGGAGAAAUUGGAUAAACUUAGUGUUGCUUGCAAGGCCCAUUCGAUGCAAACUAGAUUGGCUUCAAAUGGCGAAGGUGUUGAUCGUCAUUUAUACGCUUUGUAUUGUUUAUGGGCAAGACUUUUGAAACAAUACCAACAAGGAGUGUUGAAUGAUCUGUAUGGUGGUGCUAUACCUGAAUUUGUUAAUUCAGUGCCCCCAAUAUUUGCUGAUGCAGGAUGGAACAAAUUGAAUGAUGCUAUUUUGUCAACUUCGAACUGUGGUAAUCCAGCCUUGCGUCUUUUUGGAUUCGGACCUGUUUCCGCUAGUGGGUUCGGUAUUGGAUACAUUAUUAGAGAUGAUUCAAUAUCAUUCUGUGUUGCUUCAAAACAUCGUCAAACCAAACGUUUCCUCGCAACUUUGCAUUGUUAUUUGAACGACAUUGAGACUAUGCAUAGAAAUCAAUAG